UCUAUUGAAAGAAACAACGCCAUCAUGGGUUCUUUUGGGAAUAUGUUGUUUAUUCUUGGUUUGGUCGAUUUUUCUGUUGUAGUGAUUGCUGUUGAACCUCAUUCUAAAAUCAAAGGCAACGUGGAAUCUCUGCUUGAGUUGACCCCAUGGAACUGGAAACAUUUGAACUCGUCCUUCAAAGUGGAUACCCCCAUCACUGUGGACGUGUCCCUCACCUCUCACUACAGACUGACCGGGAAACACCUCAACAAGUUUCUCAGGCUAAAAAAGCAAAGAGAUUGUGCUUCCAUUCUCAAAACAAUACCUAACACUAAAAGAAAGGACGGUGUGUACACGAUAUACCCGGAUAUGAAGACCAAAAAGUUGGUGUACUGUGACAUGACCACGGACGGCGGAGGGUGGACCGUAAUUCAAAGACGUAUGGAUGGGUCUGUUGAUUUUUAUCGCUCUUGGCAGACAUACAAAGCCGGAUUCGGGAAAGCACAAGGAGAAUAUUGGCUAGGAAAUGAUGAUAUUCAUUUGCUGACCACAAGCAUCAAACAGGAGCUACGAGUGGAUCUACAGAAGUCCUCUGGUAAUAAGGCCUACGCCAAGUAUUCCGCAUUUUCUCUAGGGAGUGAGUCUCAGAAAUACAAGUUAACUGUGGGGGGAUACAGCGGAACGGCGGGGGAUUGUCUUGGAGAGAUAACUGGGAUGAAAUUUUCAACAAAAGACCAGGAUAAUGACACCUGGAAAAAUCAGUGUGCUGUGACUUAUAAAGGGGCAUGGUGGUUUGCUUCCUGCUUUAGGGACAGUGUGGAAGCUCUUUUAAUGAGAACCCCAUGGACAUGGAAACACCUGAACACGUCCCUCAAAGUGAAUUCCCCCGUCACUGUGGAUGUGUCCCUAACCUCUCACUACAGACUGACCGGGAAACAUCUCAACAAGUAUCUCAGAAUACAAAAUCAAAGAGACUGUGCGUCCAUUCUCAAGGCAAUACCUAAUACAAAAGGAAGAGACGGUGUGUACACUAUAUACCCGGAUAUGAAGACCAAGAAGUUGGUGUACUGUGACAUGACCACGGACGGCGGGGGUUGGACCGUGAUUCAAAGACGUAUUGAUGGUUCUGAAGAUUUUUAUCGUUCUUGGGAGACCUACAAAGCUGGAUUUGGAAAAGCACAAGGGGAAUAUUGGUUAGGUAAUAAAUAUAUCCAUUUGCUGACAACCAGAACCAAACAGGAACUACGAGUGGACCUACAGAAGCCCUCGGGUGAUAAAGCUUACGCCAAGUAUUCCACAUUUUCUCUAGGGAGUGAGUCUCAGAAAUACAAGUUAAAAGUUGGGGGAUACAGUGGAAAUGCGGGGGACGCUCUUGCAGGUCACAAUGGGAUGAAAUUUACGACAAAAGACCAAGAUAAUGACACCUGGGACAGAAACUGUGCUGUGACUUAUGUAGGAGGAUGGUGGUUCACUAAAGGCUGUUUAGAGUGUGAUCUCAAUGGACCUUAUCGACCAUCUGCUUCAGCCACUUGGCUCUGUGUUUCUUGGUACAAGUUUGGCAAUGAAACUCGUAAUUUGAAAAAAGCAUCAAUGAUGAUCAGAUCUAAAAUCUAA